UGCUGACAGCCGAGGUGGUGAAGUUCUUCUUCCCCGCCAUGGUGCAGCUGCACAGCUACGUGCCCGCCAGCUCCACGCCACAGAAGCUCGCCAACUGGGGCCACCUCAACAGGAAAGUGCUGAGCAAGCUGAAUUUCUGCGUCCCGGAGGACGUGAUCCGGCAGGUCGUGCGGUGCCGGCCCGGCACGGUGGAGCAGGUGCUGCUCCUGCUGCGGCAGAAGAUCGAGGAGAAGCAGAGCAAGGCGGCGUCUGGCCCGGGCCAG